AGCUCAGAGAAGGAAGCUCCGAUUUCCCUGCUGUUGGGCUGCAGAGACCCUCCCGUUGGACCCAAGGUCUUGGUGGCCUGUUUCCUUGCACCCAUUAUGGGACCCCUGUGGGUGACCCGCUUCCUCCUAGGGUGCACGUCCCUCGCCUUCUACCAAGAGUUUGCCAGCGGGCAGCACGACGCCGACCUCCAGCCCGACAGAUUCGCAAGCAGCUACGAGAGCAAGCAGCCCCCCAGCAGAGUGCGGCGGAGAGGCCACGACACUUUGAGAGGGCCCAAUGUCUGUGGAUCCCGGUUCCACUCGUACUGCUGCCCAGGAUGGAAGACCCUCCCCGGUGGGAACCAGUGCAUUGUCCCCAUUUGCCGGAACUCUUGCGGAGACGGGUUCUGUUCCCGACCCAACAUGUGCACGUGCUCCAAUGGGCAGCUGUCCCCAAACUGCGGCUCCGGAGGAGUUCAGUCCUGCAAUGUGAGGUGUAUGAAUGGAGGGAGCUGCAACGAGGAAAAUUGUCUGUGCCAGAAAGGAUACACUGGGACCUACUGCGGCCAGCCUGUCUGCGAAAGCGGCUGCCAGAAUGGAGGUCGUUGCAUCGGGCCAAAUCGCUGUGCUUGCGUGUACGGAUUCACGGGGCCCCAGUGCGAGAGAGAUUACCGCACGGGCCCCUGCUUCAGCCAAGUCAGCAACCAGAUGUGCCAAGGGCAGCUGAGUGGUAUCGUUUGCACCAAGACCAUGUGCUGUGCCACCAUCGGGCGGGCAUGGGGCCACCCUUGCGAGAUGUGCCCAGCCCAGCCCCACCCCUGCCGCCGCGGCUUCAUCCCUAACAUACGCACUGGCGCUUGCCAAGAUGUGGACGAAUGCCAGGCAAUCCCCGGGCUUUGCCAAGGAGGGAACUGCCUCAACACGGUGGGGUCCUACGAAUGCAAGUGCCCAGUGGGCCACAAGCAGAGCGAGACGAGCCACAAGUGCGAAGAUGUGGAUGAAUGCACCAGCGUCUCAGGAGUUUGUGACGGCGGCGAGUGCACCAACACGGCAGGGAGCUACGUCUGUGCCUGUCCCCGGGGCUUCAUGACGAGUCCGGAUGGCUCCCGUUGUGUGGACCAGCGAAUUGGCACUUGCUUCUCGGCACUUAUUGGCGGUCGGUGUGCUGGAGAGCUACCCGGGCAAUACACGAAAAUGCAGUGCUGCUGUGAUUCCGGGAGAUGCUGGGCCAUCGGACAAACUCCGGAAAUGUGCCCUGUGAGGGGAUCAGACGAAUAUCGCCGGCUGUGCAUCGAAGGCCUCCCAGUUGUUCCGGGCUUCCCUGGCACAUUUCCCGGGGUCCCUGGCUUUGGCCCCAACGGAGUUGGGCCAGGAAUUAGUGGUCCCGGUGCCUUUGGUCCGAAUGGCGCAAACGGACAAGGUGGGAUCCCCGGACUGCCUGGAAUGGGUCCCGGAAGCUCAAGCAUUGGAACAGCCACCCUCAACCAGACCAUCGACAUCUGCAAGCAUUUCACCAACCUGUGCCUGAACGGGCGCUGCAUCCCCACCCCGUCCAGCUACCGCUGCGAAUGCAACAUGGGCUACAAGCAGGACAUGCGGGGCGAAUGCAUUGACAUGGACGAGUGUUCGAGCAGCCCUUGCCUCCACGGCGAUUGUGUGAACACACCCGGCUCGUACCACUGCAAGUGCCACGAGGGAUUUCAGAGCAACCCCACCAAGCAGGCUUGCAUUGACAUCGACGAGUGCAUCAUGAACGGACUGAUGUGCCGGAACGGGCGCUGUGUCAACACCGACGGCAGCUUCCAGUGCAUCUGCAACGCCGGCUUUGAAAUCACUCCGGACGGGAAGAACUGUGCCGAUCACGACGAAUGCGCCACCACCAACAUGUGCCUCAACGGGAUGUGCAUCAACGAAGACGGCAGCUUCAAGUGCAUCUGCAAGCUGGGCUUCGUCCUGGCUCCCAACGGGAGAUAUUGCGUCGACAUUGACGAGUGUGAAACCCCCGGGAUCUGCAUGAAUGGCUGGUGUAUCAACACGGAGGGCUCCUUCCGCUGCGAGUGCCUGGGGGGCCUGGCCAUCGGCGUGGACGGGCGGGUCUGCGUCGACACCCACGUCCGCAGCACCUGCUACGGCGGCAUCAAGAAGGGCACCUGCGCCAGGCCUUUCCCCGGCGCCGUCACCAAGUCCGAGUGCUGCUGUGCCAACCCGGACCACGGGUUCGGGGAGCCUUGCCAGCCUUGCCCGGCCAAGAACUCAGCUGAAUUCCAGGCUCUGUGCAGCAGUGGCAUCGGCAUCACAGCUGACGGGAGAGAUAUCAACGAGUGUGCCUUGAACCCGGACAUCUGCCCCAACGGGAUGUGCGAGAAUCUCCGGGGAAGUUACCGCUGUAUCUGCAAUCUUGGCUACGAGUCCGACCCCACGGGCAAAAACUGUGUGGAUGUGGACGAGUGUGCCGUCAACCGGCUGCUGUGUGACAACGGCUUGUGCCGCAACACUCCAGGGAGCUACAGCUGCAGCUGCCCCAAAGGUUUUGUCUUCCGGACGGAGACGGACACCUGCGAGGAUAUCAACGAGUGCACCUCUAACCCGUGCAUCAACGGCAUAUGCAGGAAUAACGCCGGAUCGUUCGCCUGCGAAUGCUCCCCGGGAAGCAAGCUGGAUUCCAGCGGCACCAUCUGUGUUGACAGCAUGAAAGGGACUUGCUGGCUGAACAUCCAGGAAGGCCGCUGCGAAGUGAACAUUAAUGGGGCCACGCUGAAGUCUGAGUGCUGCGCCACCCUGGGCGCUGCCUGGGGCAGUCCGUGCGAACGCUGCGAGAUUGACACCGCCUGUCCGAGGGGUUACGCCAGGAUGAAGGGGGUCUCCUGCGAAGAUGUGAACGAAUGCGAGGUUUUCCCAGGUGUCUGUUCAAACGGCCAUUGCGUGAACACAGUGGGGUCAUUCCGUUGCGAUUGUCCCGAAGGCUUGACGCUGGACGGCUCCGGCAGGACGUGCGUUGACGUGCGGCUGGAGCAAUGCUACAUGAACUGGGCCGAGGACGAGUGCACGGCUCCGCUGCCGGGGAAAUACCGCAUCGACCUUUGCUGCUGCUCGGUCGGUUCGGCCUGGGGUUUCGACUGCGAGGAAUGCCCCAAGCCGGGCUCUGCUGAAUACAAGGCCAUCUGCCCGAGAGGUCCCGGUUUUGCAAAUCGGGGAGAUGUCUUAUCCGGACGGCCUUUUUACAAAGAUGUGAACGAGUGCAAGGUAUUCUCCGGCCUCUGCACACACGGGACCUGCCGCAACACCAUCGGCAGCUUCCGGUGUCUCUGCGGCAACGGCUUCGCCCUGGACGCCGAGGAGAGGAACUGCACAGAUAUCGACGAGUGCCGGAUCUCGCCCGACCUGUGCGGCCACGGCUCCUGCGUCAACACGCCCGGAAGCUUUGAGUGCGAAUGCUUUGAGGGCUACGAGAGCGGGUUCAUGAUGAUGAAAAACUGCAUGGACAUCGACGAAUGUGAGAGGGACCCUCUGCUGUGCCGAGGAGGGGUCUGCGUCAACACCGACGGCAGCUUCGAGUGCCUUUGCCCCCCGGGCCACGAGCUCACCUCAGAGGGCAAUGCCUGUGUGGAUAUCAACGAAUGCUCACUCAGUGACAAUUUGUGCCGCAACGGACGCUGCGUCAAUGUUAUCGGGACCUACCAGUGUGUGUGCGACUCCGGGUUCCAGGCCACGCCGGACCGCCAAGGCUGUGUCGAUAUUGACGAGUGCACCAUCAUGAACGGCGGCUGCGAUACCCACUGCGCCAACUCAGAAGGCAGCUAUCAGUGCAGCUGCAGCGAGGGUUAUGCGCUGAUGCCCGACAUGCGGUCCUGCACAGAUAUCGACGAAUGCGAGGACAACCCGGAUAUCUGCGAUGGCGGACAAUGCACCAACAUCCCGGGGGAAUACCGCUGCCUUUGCUUUGACGGAUUCAUGGCUUCCUUGGACAUGAAGACAUGCAUCGAUGUGAACGAAUGUGACCUGAACCCCAACAUCUGCCUUCACGGAGAGUGCGAGAACACCAAAGGAUCGUUCAUCUGCCAUUGCCAGCUAGGCUACUUUGUCAAGAAGGGCAGCACAGGUUGCACAGAUAUUGACGAGUGCGAAAUCGGAGCUCACAACUGCGACAUGCAUGCCUCGUGCAUCAACAUCCCCGGGAGUUUUCGGUGCAAGUGCCGGACGGGUUGGCUCGGCGAUGGGCUGAAAUGCAACGACCUCGACGAAUGUGCCACGGAGGCGCAUAGCUGCAACCUCAACGCCAACUGCCUGAACACCCCGGGGUCUUAUCGGUGCGCCUGCCGAGAUGGUUUCAACGGGGAUGGUUUCUCGUGCUCUGAUGUGGACGAGUGCGCCGACAACGUCAACCUCUGCGAGAACGGGCAGUGCCUCAACGCCCCUGGCGGUUACCGUUGCGAGUGCGAAAUGGGCUUCAACCCCACGGAAGACAGCAGGGCAUGCCAAGAUAUCGAUGAGUGCACCUUCCAGAACAUCUGCGUGUUUGGCAGCUGUCAGAACCUUCCUGGGAUGUUCCGCUGCGCUUGCGAUGAUGGAUACGAGCUGGACAGGAGUGGAGGGAACUGUACAGACAUCAACGAGUGUGCCGAUCCGGUGAACUGCAUCAACGGGCUUUGUGUCAACACACCUGGGAGCUACCUGUGCAACUGCCCCCAAGACUUUGAGCUCAAUCCCACGGGAGUGGGCUGCGUGGAUACUCGCGUCGGGAACUGCUUCCUGGACACGCAGGAUCGGGGCGACGGCGGGAUCUCUUGCAGCGCGGAGAUCGGCGUAGGGGUCACCCGGGCUUCGUGUUGCUGUUCCCUCGGCCGGGCCUGGGGGAAUCCUUGCGAGCUCUGCCCACCAGCCAAUACCACGGAAUACAAGACUCUCUGUCCCGGCGGCGAAGGAUUCCGUCCAAACCCCAUAACAGUCAUACUGGAAGAUAUCGACGAGUGUCAGGAGCUGCCGGGCCUCUGCCAAGGCGGAAACUGCGUCAACACCUUUGGGAGUUUCCAGUGCGAAUGCCCCUUGGGCUACUACCUGAAUGAGGACACCCGCAUUUGCGAAGACAUUGACGAAUGCUCGGCUCACAUAGGGAUCUGCGGUCCGGGGACCUGCUACAACACCCUGGGGAAUUACACCUGUGUUUGCCCGCCAGAGUACAUGCAAGUCAACGGAGGAAACAACUGCAUGGAUAUGAGGAAGAGCCUCUGCUACCGGAACUACAACGACACGUGCGAGAACGAGCUCUCUUUCAACAUGACCAAGAAGAUGUGCUGCUGCUCGUACAACAUCGGGAAAGCCUGGAACAAGCCCUGCGAGCCCUGCCCCACCCCGGCCAGCCCUGAAUACCAGAUCCUGUGUGGCAAUCAGGCCCCUGGAUUCAUCAUUGAUAUUCACACUGGGAAACCCAUCGAUAUCGACGAAUGUAGCGAGAUCCCCGCCAUCUGCACCAACGGGGUCUGCAUCAACCAGAUCGGCAGCUUCCGUUGCGAGUGCCCCAUUGGCUUCAGCUACAACAACAUCCUGCUCAUCUGCGAAGACAUCGACGAAUGCAGCAGCGGAGAGAACCUCUGCCAGAGAAACGCAGAUUGCCUCAACAGCCCUGGGAGCUACCGGUGCGAGUGCUCUUCUGGAUACAAGCUGUCGCCCAGCGGAGCCUGCGUGGGCCGCAACGAGUGCCAGGAGAUCCCCAACGUCUGCAGCCACGGCGACUGCGUGGACACGGAAGGGAGCUACAUCUGCAUCUGCUUCAACGGGUUCAAGGCCACCGGGGAUCUGACCAUGUGCAUGGACAUCGACGAGUGCGACCGGCAGCCCUGUGGGAACGGGACGUGCAAGAACACGGUCGGCUCCUACAACUGCCUCUGCUUCCCCGGUUUUGAGCUGACCCACAACAACGACUGCAUGGACGUCGACGAAUGCUCCUCUCUGGCGGGGCAGGUGUGUCGGAACGGGCAGUGCAUCAACAACAUCGGGUCUUUCCGGUGCCUCUGCCAGGAGGGCUACGACCACACGCCAGACGGCAAGAACUGUGUCGACAUCAACGAAUGUGUCAGCCUCCCCGGGACUUGCUCUCCAGGAACCUGCCAGAACCUAGAAGGCUCCUUCCGUUGCAUCUGUCCGCCAGGCUACGAGGUCCAAAACGACAACUGCAUCGAUAUCAACGAAUGCGAGGAGGAGCCCAAUAUCUGCCUCUUUGGAACCUGCACCAACACACCCGGGAGCUUCCAGUGCAUCUGCCCACCUGGUUUCGUGCUCUCAGACAACGGCCGGCGCUGCUUCGACACCCGGCAAAGCUUCUGUUUCACACGCUUUGACAACGGCAAAUGUUCCGUGCCCAAGGCCUUCAACACCACCAAGGCCCGGUGCUGCUGCAGCAAGAUGCCCGGGGAAGGCUGGGGAGACCCUUGUGAGCUGUGCCCGCAGGAGGGCAACGUUGCUUUCCAGGAGCUGUGCCCUUACGGUCACGGUGCGAUUCCUGGACCCGGGGAUACCAGGGAAGAUGUGAACGAGUGCUCCGAAAAUCCGGGCAUCUGCAUCAACGGAAACUGCAUAAACACGGACGGCUCGUUCCGUUGCGAGUGCCCUUUUGGCUACAACCUCGACUACACCGGGGUGAACUGUGUGGACACGGACGAGUGCUCCAUCGGGAACCCCUGCGGCAACGGGACGUGCACCAACGUGGUGGGGGGCUUCGAGUGUGUUUGCGGGGAGGGGUUUGAACCAGGGCCUAUGAUGACCUGCGAAGAUAUCAAUGAGUGCGCCUUGAACCCGUUGCUCUGUGCUUUCCGCUGCAUCAACGCUCUUGGUUCCUACGACUGUACCUGCCCGUCUGGCUAUACUCUGCGGGACGACCGGAGGAUGUGCAAAGAUUUGGACGAAUGCGCCGAGGGCAUGCACGACUGCGAAUCGCAUGGGAUGAUGUGCAAGAACCUGAUCGGAACGUUCGCCUGCAUCUGCCCCCCUGGGAUGCAGCGCCGGCCAGAUGGCGAAGGCUGCACAGAUGAGAACGAGUGCCGCACCAAGCCGGGAAUCUGCCCCAACGGGCGCUGCGUCAAUGCUGUGGGCAGCUACCAGUGCGACUGCAACGAAGGCUUCCAGAGCAGCCCCUCCGGCACCGAGUGCCUCGACACCCGCCAAGGAUUCUGCUUCACCGAGGUGCUGCAGACCAUGUGCCAGAUGUCCUCGACCAACCGGCACCAGGUCACGAAAUCGGAGUGCUGCUGCAAUGGAGGGCGGGGCUGGGGCCCCCAGUGCGAACUCUGCCCGUUCCCUGCCACCGCCCAGUACAAGAAAAUGUGCCCGCAUGGGCCAGGCUACGCAACCGACGGGAGAGACAUUGACGAGUGCAGAGUUCUUCCCAACCUCUGCAAACACGGCCAGUGUAUCAACAGCAUGGGUUCGUUCCGCUGCCACUGCCGGCUAGGCUACACCAACGACAUCACCGGCACGUCUUGCCAGGACCUAGACGAAUGCAACCAGUCGCCCAAGCCAUGCAACUUCAUCUGCAAGAACACGGAAGGAAGUUUCCAGUGCUCCUGCCCACGAGGUUACAUCCUGCAGGAAGACGGGAAGACCUGCAAAGACCUCGACGAGUGCUCCACGAAGCAGCACAACUGCCAGUUCCUCUGCGUCAACGUUAUCGGGGGCUUCAACUGCAAGUGCCCCCCUGGUUUCACCCAGCACCAUUCUUCCUGCAUCGAUAACAACGAGUGCACAGCUCAGCCCACCUUGUGCGGGGUCAAAGGGCAAUGCCAAAAUACCCCUGGGAGCUACAACUGCGAGUGUCAAAAAGGGUUUGCCCUCGACACCUCUGGAAGCAGUUGCGAAGAUGUCGACGAAUGUGACGGCAACCACCGGUGCCAACAUGGGUGCCAGAACGUCCUGGGGGGGUACCGCUGCGGCUGCCCCCAGGGUUACGUCCAGCAUUAUCAGUGGAAUCAGUGUGUAGAUGAGAACGAGUGCUCCAGCUCCGCGGCCUGCGGCUCGGCCUCCUGCUACAACACCCUGGGGAGCUUCAAAUGCAUCUGCCCGUCCGGCUUCGACUUCGACCAGGCCUUCGGGGGCUGCCAGGACGUGAACGAAUGCGCCGCGGGCGGGAGCCCCUGCAGCUACGGUUGCUCCAACACAGAAGGCGGUUACCUGUGCGGGUGCCCAACUGGCUACUUCCGGGCAGGACAGGGGCACUGUGUAUCGGGGCUAGGGUUUGGCAAGGAGGCCUACCUCCCAGCGCCCCUGGAGGAGGAAGACGAGGAGAAUCUGUUGUCGCCCGAAGCCUGUUACGAGUGCAAGAUCAACGGCUACCCCAAGAGAGGGCGUCACCGGCGGAGCGUCAACGGCACCAACAAGCACCAGAAACCGGGCGUCAGCUUGGCUAGCAUCGACGUGGCCUCGCCGGUGGUGGUGGCUCUCAACCUCUCCAGCCUGGGCCACAAGGAGCACAUCCUGGAGCUGCUGCCGGCUGUGGCGCCGCUGGAGAACCAUGUCCGAUACGUCAUCGCCCAGGGGAACGAGGCGGGCCACUUCCACAUCCACCAGCAAGACGGCCUCAGCUUCCUACACCUGGCACACAAGCGGGCAUCCCCCGGCACCUACCAGCUGGAGAUCGUCAGCGUCCCGCUCUACCGCAAGCGCGAACUGCAGCAGCUGGAAGCCCUGAAGGAUCACGACUACCUUGCCGGGGAGCUGGGCGAGGCCCUCAAAAUGAGGUUGCAGCUGCGCCUCUUUUAACCCUGCUCCCGCCCCCCGAGAGACACCAACGAAG